ACGUUAACCCUUUUUCUCUAUCUCGCGCCCUACUAUAUAAACUCUCGUCAUAUCCUACUGGUCCACCCUUUUUCCCUCUCUCGUCCUCAACUCCACACUGUCUUCGUCUUCGUCCUCUCUCCGCAAAUCCCGUUCCUUCUUCUUCUCCGGUCAAUGCAGGAUAUCCCUUAGUGCAUGAGUUGCUAAGAGAAUAUUCGCGCUGAUUCAAUUAACGUUGAAUUAUGGCGCCAAAGACUAAAUUUGGUUCCAGCGCAGCUAGCCAAGAUGAGUUGGCUGUCCAGGGGGCUUUCUCAAAUGAACAACAGGGAAAUUUGAGAAAUGUCGAUUCGGAUAGGUCCGCAAGAUUUUGUGAUGGUAAUGACAGUCGGAUGUCUGUUUCUGAUACUAGUAUGUUGCAGGGAAAUUCUACAUCUUCACGAGAUUCGGAUUCGUUUGCCCAGUAUUUAAAGUUGGAUCCAAUAACCACAGGAGGUCCAAAGUUUACUAGUUUAAAUGACUUAAAACGGGCUCUGAGGAUUUCUCAUGGAAACACCCUUGAAGAUUGUGCUUAUCGAACUGGUAAUCCGAAGUCUCGCAUUCCAGCGGAUCCGGAGGAACUGAAACGAUUCAAUGCACGUCUACAGGAGGCUUCUGCCAGGGCUAGUGAUGGAUCAAAGAGGUUGGAUGAAUCUGUACACAAAUUGAACAAAUAUUGGGAGGCCUUAAACUCAAAGAAGCAAUUUCAGAGCGAGGUGUUACCAAAUGAAAGGAUGAGUGGGUCCCAAUUAUCUAACAUGGGAAGUCAGACUCAUCAGAGCACUACAGAGCUUGCAAAUCAAAAACCAGAGGAUAUGCCUAAGAAAAUCCUUCCCAACAUGCACAUCGGUACAUCAGCUGCUGAGAUACAGGCGGAAGGGCUAAACAAUAGCUUUGGCAGACAGCCUUUGACAAUUGGAAAGGAUAAAGACAACAUCAAGGAUGUUGGUAAGGUUUGUGAUGGUGUUCAAGAGAAGAUUCAAAGGUUACCUGUAAGUGGAGAAACAUGGGAUAGAAAAAUGAAAAGAAAAUAUUCCAUGGGCACUGCCUCAGCCAGAUCCACUGAUGGGGAAGGAGAGCCGAAAAGAGUUAUGUAUCUAAAGCAAGCUAAUGAGUCUGGUCUGCAGUCUUGUGAUGCCAUAGGUUUGAGAUUUGAUGACCAUGGCAAAAAUUAUACCGGUGGUAUUUAUCCACAUACAAAAGUCAAAGCUUCAAGGGCACCUCAAACUGAUAACUUGAUAGUUGGAAACUCGUCUUCUGAAACACUUGAUGCCCGGGAGCAACCUUCAAAUGUGAACCAGCCUCAUUCAUUGGUUGGGGCAAUCAAUCAUAAGCGUCCUUUUCCUGUAGAAUCGUCUAUGUCCGGUUUAGCCCAAUGGGCUGGGCAGAGGCCUCAAAAAAGUUCUCGCACUCGAAGAGCAAAUGGGGUAUCGCCGCCGGUCUUCAAUUGUGAUGAAAUGCCUGUGCCAUUUGAAGGCUGUUUCCCUUCUAGCGGUACUAUAAUGAAUUCUACUACAACUAGUGGACCACUUACAUCCAAGGAUGCUAUCAACAACAUGCAAUGCACUAGGAAUAAAAAUGACGACAAUUCAAUCCAGACCAGAAUAUCUGAAAGUUUAGAAUUUGGCGCCAGGGAAAAUGGUGAAAAUAAAUUAAAAGAGAAAGAAUUGGACAGAAACAAAGGUGAUGGAAGAGCCAUAAAUGAUUCCUGUAUUACAGGUUCCUACAUGUCAAUGACAAAAAAGGAACUAAAGCUGAACAGAGAAGAGACUGGAGAUGGUCUGCGUAGGCAGUGUAGUGGCAACAAUGGCUUUUCAGUUUUGAAGAAUGACAUCUCAUCAACAGAAGAGAAGUCUGAGAUUUUAUCCUUGACAAAGCGAACUCGAAAUACGAAACCUUCUUCUCUAAAGAAUGCAAGUAGAUCAAGGCGACCUCGUAUGAAGAAGCCACACAAUAGUAAAGCUAUUGCUCAUCUUGGGCAUCCAUCAAUUAGUAGUUCCCCGGAAAUUGCAGGUAGAUCAGGUGAUGACUGUGAGGAACUAUUAUUUGCGGCCAACUUUGCUAGCAAUGCCAGCCAUACUGGUUGUUCUAGUUUAUUCUGGAAGCAAAUGGAACCUAAUUUUGCUCCUGUCAACUUGGAAGUCAUAGACCACUUGAAGCAGCAGGUUAAAACAAUAGAGGAUGAUCAAAGAUAUUUAUCUCAAAUGCUUUGCCUUCAAAGUGAUGCCCCGGAUGUGGUUGUGCUUACGAACAACCUUUUUUCGCAAUAUCCACUUGAAGGAGAAAGAGGCAGAAACAUUUUAAAUCAAUCUGAUUCAAAAGAGCUAUCUUCAAUGGUUGACAUGGUUAAUCAACCUCACGAUGGCAGCUUUCUGUCCAGUCAAAUGGAUUUAGAAUACAAACUACCACCAUUGUACCAGAGAGUAUUGACAGCUUUGAUCAUUGAUGAUCAAAUUGAAGAAACUGUUGAAGAUGAAAACAUAUCUUUUCUGCAUGAAAGAGAUGACCCUCCUGUUGGAUUCUACACUGACACAGUUUCCUGUAAUGGGAAUGCUACCUCUACAUGUGACGAAAUGUCUAUGGAAGAUAAACUCUUAAUGGAGCUAAAGACUGUCGGCAUAUUCCCAGAACCAGUGCCUGAGCUUGCUGAUGGAGGUUGUGAAGCUAUUGAUCAAGAAAUUACUCAAUUGCAAAAGGGAAGCUGCCAGCAGCUCAUCAAAAAGAAAGAAGGAUUUAUGAAACUUAUUCAAGCAGUAGAAGAUGGCAGGGAAUUGGAACAGCGAGCCCUUGAGCAAGUUGCUAUGGACAAACUUGUUGAGUUGGCAUAUAAGAAGAAGCUGGCCACUCGGGGAACUAUUGCAGCAAAAUAUGGAAUUUCUAAGGCCUCAAGGCCAGUUGCUUUGGCUUUCAUGAAGAGGACUCUUGCUAGAUGCCGGGCAUUUGAGGAAACCAGGAAAAGUUGCUUUUUGGAUCCCCUGUUUAAAGAUGUCCUAUUUGCAACUCCUGCUCUUGACAACUAUACUGUUUCAACUGUUGCUGAUAACCGACCACUUGCUCAAAACACUAUGCAAGAUUUUGCACCACCAGGUUCAUUUCCUUCCAGGGAGCUAAAUGUCUUGGGAAAUUCAAACCAUCCAUCCAACUUGGACUUUGCCAGGACUAGACAAAUACUGAACGGAGGGAAGAAAGCUAAAGUGCUACCUGAUGGUGUUGGUGUUAGCACUUAUUUGAGAGGGAAGAAAGGAGAAGUGCCACUUGAUAAUGUUGGUGCUAGUGAUUCUUUGGGAGGGAAGAAAGGAAAAGUUCUACUUGAUGAUGUUGGUGCUAGUGCUUCUCUGGGAGGGAAGAAAGGAGAAGUGCUACUUGACGGUGUUGGUGCUAGUGCUUCUUUGGGAGAGAAAAAAGGAGAAGUGCUACUUGACGGUGUUGGUGCUAGUGCUUCUUUGGGAGAGAAAAAAGGAGAAGUGCUACUUGACGGUGUUGGUGCGAGUGCUUCUUUGGGAGGAAAGAAAGGAGAAGUGCUAUUUGACGAUGAUGGUGUUGAUGCUAGCGCUUCUUUGGGAGGGAAUAAAGGAGAAGUGCUACUUGCUAGUGCUUCUUUGGGAGGGAAGAAGGGAGAAGUACUACUUGAGGAUGUUGGUGCUAGUGCAACUCUUGGUAAUUCGUUCUUGGGUGGAACAAAGGGAAAGAGGAGUAAAAGAGGGACGAACAAGGACACUUCUACGAGAAAUUAUGUUAAAAGAGGCGGUCGUUCUUCUGCAAGUAACACAAGGAAUGGGCGUAAACCAAAAGCAAAGGGCAAACCGAAGACAGAUCAACUCUCUACUUCUGCAGAAGGGUCACUUCACAAGUUGGUGGAAAAUACUAACUCUAAGCAUCAAUUGGCUUGUGGCUCUGAUCAACUGGUUUCCAGUGAUAACAAUAAUGUUGGCUCUGUACCUCAUGGUUCUAGAACUAUCGAUUUUGCCUUUGAAACUGAGGAUCCCUUGGAUUUAACAAACAUGCCUGAACUAGACUCCAUAGAAGUUGGUGCAGAUAAAGACCUGGAUUCUUGGUUAAACAUUGAUGUGGAUCCCUUAGAAGAUGAUGAUGAUGCGGUGGGCCUAGACAUACCGAUGGACGAUCUGUUCACGGUUCUGUGAAGACGAAUGCCAGGAUAUUAUGUAUUCCUAUCAUUAUUUGGUGUUUAUAAACCGCACCGUGUCGGUUGAAUUCUGCUCAUUCAAUUCAUUACUCUCCAGUAGAGUCUUAGUUAUGAUCAUUAUUAUUUUUGUAUAUACUUGGCAGUCAGUAUCUACAUUACAGUACCAAAUAUAGAAGCCCAACAUAGAGUUAAAGAAAUACAGAAAAGAAGAAAAAGGUAGUUCUCAAUUGUUCAUAUGAGAAUAGAGCUCCAUUGGUUGUAACUGUUACAUACAUUACAAAUAAUUUAUAAAUGUGUUGUUAUUUUCUCUCAUGGCUUGUAAAUUAUAUCAUCCUAAUUACGACAUUACGAAGUCAAUCUGUGCUAUUCACUGUGCUCAAGAAUUGGAAAUCAUAAAGCCAUCGUAGGAAGCCAACCGUAUGUGUUCUAUCUGAGAACUCGUGCACUAAUCUUUAGGAGAAAUGAUAAAGGGUGAUAGUAAAACUGAAAAUAGGAUAGAAGUUGGAAAUCACCACCAUGUAAGGGGAAGGAUUUAAUUUGCCACCUCCAAGUUGAACGAACAAAUUUGAGAGGUGGCAACAACGAAAUUUUCGGUAAAUUUUUUAAAAUUUUCAGCAUGAAUUUGUUCAUUUUUUUUAUAUGACUUGGA